AGAUUCUAAAAAAAGUAAAAAGAGUAAGAAGAGUAAAAAAAGUAAAAAGAGCAAAAAGAGCAAAAGUAGCAAAAAGAGUAAAAAGGGUAAAAAAAAACUUUCUCCUGAUCAACAGGAAGUAAAAAGCGUAUUUGAAAUAUACGAAGCUCUUGCAUUUGAAAUGCUGCAUACUUUAGAAUACUGGGAUAGGAAAAAUGGCAUAUUAACCAAACCUUAUACUGUUAAAAAAAAAUCUAAAGGUAAAGAUUCUGGGAAAAAAUCAAAGAAAGGUUCAGUAACUGCUUCUACACCAGAAGUGGCUGAUCCUGUGGACACUACAGAUUUAGGUGUAUUAUGUUGGUAUAUUAAUAAGGCCUUCAGUGGCAUGGAUGAAAACAGUGAAAACUUCAAUUUCGCCGAAAUUAUUGCAUCUUUAUUAGGUGAAUCACCUGAACUUAAAGAUGCAGUAAAAGAGAUAAAGUAUGAAAUUGAACAACCUUUGGAGGAAACUGAAACACUUUACAACGUUAUUAAACCUGAAAAAAUUACCCCUGUCCGAUCUAAAGAGUUUUAUAUCUGUGAUUAUCAUAUACUUGAUACUAGUUCUACAUCUUUAACGAUUUCCGAACAAAGGGGAUCCAAACGAAGUAGCAAAUCUUCGUUAACUAGUAAAAAAUCAAGCAAGAGAAAGAAAUCAAGAUCAAGUCAAAAAUUAUCACAGAGUAGUUCUGAAUCAACAGUUCGAUCGAUGUUGGAAGAUGCACAGAAGUAUAGUAUACAUAAUAUAAUCAAAUAUUUGUUCAAAAAUAUUUCAGAAAAACUAACAACAAAAAUAUUGCUUGAACCAGGCGAUAUGUUUAGCUAUAAAGUUCAAUUUAGACCAAUAGAAGAAAAUGAAUUUGUAUAUAAAUUCGACAUACGUGCCACUGGCUGCGAGUUUCCAACAUACUUAACCUGCACAGGCAAUUGUUCUGGUCCAUUGGUUAAUUUGGAUUUAAAGAAUAUUUUUAAAAAUUAUAUGGGGAACACUGAUAAUUUGGUUUAUAACGAGGAAGAUAAUACCUUUGAUUUUGGGCAUACCAUACAACGUGACAUAAAAAAAUCUAUGGAAAUAUUCCUAAACUUUGAUAAUGAUUGCCCAAAGGAUGUAAACCUAACCUUUCAUUUCGAUAAAAGGGAGAUUUUUUCUUGUGAACCUAGAGUACCUUUGGAAGCAGCAGGUGCCAAAGUUAUUCCGAUAAAAGCCAACCAAAGCAAACCCGGAAACUUCACCGAUAAACUUUACAUUGGAGUUGAAAAUGAUCCAGCCAUAACCAGUGUAACGCUAAGAAACCAUAUAAUUAAAUUUAAUUUUGAAGUAUCACCUUCUGAAAUUUAUUUUGAGUAUGUUAACAUUGGAUUUCCUGUCGAAGAAUAUAUAACACUAAGUAAUAAAACCAAAAUGAAUAUGACUUGGAGGAUUGUAAAUCCCUAUAUACUCCAAGAAUUUUUUGAGUUGGGUUUUGAUUCUGGUGAAAUACGUAGAGAGCAUAAGACCAAAAUACCUAUCAGAUACAAUCCAAAAAAAAUUGAAGUUAUUAAUAAAAUUAUUGUAAAUAUAGAGAUUUCUGAUUGUAUUAAUUUCUAUAGCGAGCCAUUGCUAAUAUCCUCAGUUAUAGUAAGUGCUAAAUCCACAGAAGUUAUUGUUGAUUGCGAUACCGUAAUUAAUAUGGGUGAGCGUUUAGAAGGUUCUACAGAUGAAGAACGUAAAAUUAUAAGCUACUUUGAAAUUAAACCCAUGCAUGGGACUAUACUGCCAACGAAACCGUUUGUUGUCACUGUUAAAUUCCUUCCUGAUACUGAACUACAGUUAAAAGAGUUCCCGGUUUAUAAAUGCUGCAUAUGUGAUCCCAACAGAGAUAAAUACGUUUAUCAAGAUUGUUAUGUAAUUGUUAAUGGAAAAGUUAGUUUAUCCAAAUAUGAAAUAAAUCCGUUACACGAAAUAAAUUUUGGAUACAUGCAGGUAGGGUCGAAAAAAACCAACACUAUCCAACUAAAGAAUACUGGAAAAUUUGAUUUUAAUUACACAGUUGUGACUUUGGCGAAGUUUAAGGCUCCCAAACCAGAUCGUAAAGGGAUUCAGAUUCAAAAGGUUAAAAAAGCUCACCCUGUGUUAUAUUUGUUAUAUUUAGGUAAAAAGAAAAAAGGAUCCAAAUCCUCAAAAUCAUCAAAAAGUUCAAAGAAAAGUAAAAAAAGUAAAAGUAAAAAAUCUGACAAAAAGUCUAAAAAAUCUAAAAAGUCGAAGAAAUCUAAAAAGUCGAAACGUUCCAAAAGUGGAAAAAAAUCCAAAAAAUCCAGUAAAAAAACAAAAAGCUCCAAAGGCAGUAAAACUAAAAAGAAAAAAAGGAAAAUUACCAAGCUUCAAUUGGAUGGCUUUUUAUUGGCCUCGUCAACUGGUAAUUUGGAUCCAGACGAAACCUGGACAAUCAAUGUGGAAGCAAAUCCAACUCAGUUUCGGUCUUAUGAAGAAACCAUAGUUAUUUUAAUAUCUGAAAGUAACCAACAUAAAAGCACUCAAAUUAAACUUACAGCAAUUGGCUGUGAGCCGUUUAUUGAAUGUGACCCUCACAUUAUAUUUAGAGAGGCUUAUAUAACCGAAAAAGUGACUGAUUUUGUCGUUCCAAAUAAGAUUGGAAGCUAUUGUCUUUAUGCUUCUGCAGACAAUAUUCUGUACUUUAAAACAAUUUGUUUGUAUACCAAAAAGGAAAUUAAACUGUAUUUAUAUAAUGCUGGAAAUGUUAUUGCAAAUGUGGAAAAUAAUGUCAAUAAUAAGCAUUUUGAAGUCCAGGCUCCUAAAUUGGAUAUUAAACCUUUUGAAACUAGGUCAUUUAUAUUGUCCUUUACACCAGAUUCCGUCGGAGAAGUUAUAUCAAAACUUGAUGUUACAUUCAAUUCUAAAUCAAGCCCCAUAUCUAUUCAAUUGGUUGGAGAAGGAUAUUUACCAGAACUAAAGAUGAUAGAACCCAACGCAGAUUUAAACAAUAAAUGCACAAUUGAAUUUAGCCCAAUCUUAAUGGGAACUAAGCACUCUAAGUUUUUUAUUUUUAAAAAUGUUGGCAAAAUUUCUUGCAGGGCAAUUGUUGAAGUCGUAUAUGAUGAUAAACGUGUAUUUCUUAUUAAAAGAAGAAGUAACACAAAGGAUUACCUCGAUGAUCUGGAAAAACAUGCCAUAUUUAUUAACUUGGAUCUAAAUGAAACGUCCGAAAUAGAAAUAAUGUUUAAACCUACAUUGGAAGAAGUUUAUCAGGCUAAAAUUAAAGUUCAUAUUAUGAACAACGCUUUUGAAAUGAUAGAAAUACUUUUAAAAGGGCAAGCAUUUUAUUAUGAUGUAACCCUGGGGUUGAAAGCCAUUAAAACUGGAAGCAGUAAUCCAAUGACUUUAAGUGAUUCAACUACUUCUCUACAGCAACCUGAAUUACUUCCUAUAGGGUACAUUUUGAAUUUCGGGUUUUCACCUUUAUUUUCUCUACAGAAAAAAUGUACACGUAUACAAAAUAACUCAGAUACUUAUACGUAUAAAUUUACAUUUACCAAUGAUAAUUGUGUGGAAUUUAGACCAAAAAUUGGGCACAUUAGACCAAAGGAACAUAAAGAUGUUCUUUUAAAUUUAUUAAUAUUUAAAAUUGAAUACGUAAAGGCUCAGUUAGAGCCCCUAUCUUGGGAUGAAAGGCAAACUUUUAUAAGCUGGGACCCUGAAGGUUAUGUACCAAGAACGGAAGAUAUUACACCCCCAAAUACUGAAUUUGAUGAGAACGAUGAAAAUUAUGAAAAUGAUGAGCCGAUUGCUCCGAAUGAAGAAGAUGGCGAGUGCAAGUACAAAAAAGUUGCCACUAGAAUGGAACCAGAAAUAAUAAUUUUGGAAGACACUAACGAAUUCAUACCCAUUUAUCUUUCAGCAAUUGUGGAUUACUCUUACUAUAAAUGUGAUGUUAAUGAAAUAUUAAUGCCAGAUACCUAUAUAAUGAAAACUGAAAAAUAUACAUUCGAUGUGACAAAUAUAGGACAAGUGCCUUUAGAGUUAUCUUGGAGAAUAACAUUAAAUAAUUUAUUACCAAAAUCGACUGUAUCUUGUAUAGCUAAUGAAGAGAACCUAUUGUCCAAUGGAUCCCUUAGUUCAACAUUAUUUAGUUCCGAUGACACAACUAGUAACACAUGGAGCGACCACAAUCAACUACCAAUUACUAUAAAUCCAGAUAAAAUUGAAAUAAAACCACAAGAAACAACGCAGUUUCUUGUCAAAUUUAGUCCAAUAGAUUCCUUUGAAUACCAAAUUCAUUUGCAAUCCAGCAUACGUAAUUUAAAACCUGGCACAGAAAAUAUAGAUAUUAGAAUAUUCGGUAGAGGUGUCUUACCAUUGUAUUACUUUGAAUUGGGUCCCAGUAAUUAUUUCUUUGCUGGUGCACAAAAUUGCGUGGACUUUGAUGUGGAUAACGCUCAGAUAGUUGAAUUUGAGUCCAUUGGUUUGGGUGUUACUUCAGAAAGGAAUUUUAAUCUUGUAAAUCCAACAAACCAAAGAUUUAAUUUUACUUUUAAAAGAGCCGAUAUUAAAGACCCAUUUACUUGCUUCGAUUGCGUAGAAAAUUUUGGUAGCGUAUCGGGUGGUAAAAAGUACGAAAUAUUAUUUACAUUUUUAUCAAGAGAACAAGGAACAUUUGAAGAUUACUACAUUUUUUCCAUCAAGGAUCUGAAUAUAACUGUCCCCUUUCUUUUGGUUGGCACCUGUAGAGAUCCAAAAGUGUACUUUUUUCCUUCAUUUGUCAAUAUGAAACCCACAUUAAAAAAUGUGGAAGUAAUAGAUACGGUGGUUAUUAAAAAUGAAGAAGAUAUGGAUUUACGUUAUUAUUUCUGUAAAGAUAAUUUAAUAUCGGAAGAUUUACACGAGCAACUUUAUAUACAACCUAUGCGUGGCGAUAUAUUGGCCAAGUCUGAUUUAAAAAUAACAUUAAAAACAAAAGCAAGUAAAAUUGGAAAUUUUUCCUUUAAUAUAUUGUGCACAGUUGAAAGAUCAUCAAAACCAAUUAAUUUAUACGUCUCAACUAGCUGUGUGAAAAUACAACCAAAUGUAUAUUUUACCAGUAAAGACAACAUGAAAAUAAUGUUGCGAUCAAAGGAACCAAACACUAUAGAUUUUGGAGGGAUGACUGUCAAUAAAGAAAUCAAAAUAGUCCUUACAAUAUUGAAUGAGGGGGAGGCAGGUUUCUUUUACAAAUUUCAUUUGAACAAUGAUGAAAUAAGUUAUAUGUAUGAUUUACAAGCUAACAAGUUGACUGACUUUUUACCUAGUAAAUCGGGAGAUGACAUAACACUCAGUCUAAAAGCAAUUAGAAAAAGUAAACUUGAAGAUCAUGAAAUAAAAUUAGAGACGUCUUAUGGGCCUACAUAUAAGAUUUUUAUAAGAGCGUCGGCUCAAAAACCUUUAUGUAAGUUUUCUUUCAGGCAAUAUAAUUUUGGAACCUGUUUAGUGCAAGCUAAACCUACAGAAUACUAUGGUACCAUUCUUAAGUUCACCAACAUGGAUACUUGGCCAGUUUUACUCGAGAGAGUAUUGCAAGAUCUACCUGGAAUUAGUGUAAAUUUUGCAUCCGCUAUAGUUAAAACUAACGAAGAUGUGCACAUCCCAAUUUAUUUUAAUCCAACCUUAAAUGAAGUCUACAACUAUUUCCUUAUAUUUAAUGUAAAUUCUAUAGCAUAUAAAAUUGAAAUUAAUGGAAAAGGUGUAGAUUUAGAUAUCAGUGUCAGUAAAAAAUAUAUCGACAUGCAAUCCGUUUCAAUUGGGAAAAUUAAAAAGCAAAUUGUCCAAGUUUUGAACAAUACCGCUGCAGCAGUGAGUUUUGCCGUGAAUUUAAUAGAUAGGCUGCCUUUUAAUUUUAAAGAAAAAACUUUGGUUAAACCCGAUAUGAAGAUACCAGAAAUUCCAAAACCGUAUGAAUGA